UCUAUUUGGUGUGUACUAGUAUUCAUUCAGUCACGAGCGUCGAGAUCAUCGACAGUACAUCUUGGAUUGUCACUGAAAUAAGUUCUAAUAUGGAUGAAAAAAGCUCUUCAGACGUGCCUGAAGUCGUGGUUGACUCGAUUUCUUCAUUUCAACCGUCCCCAUUCCAACAACCCGUGCUCAAAGAACCCGAUCUUGUCACGAUCCUCGAGGGAAAACCUCUGACAACAGAACAACUAGAACAAGAACAGGACUUAGGAAGAGAAAACUUGGAUGACUCUAGAUCUUACGAAGCUCCGUCAGAACAAACUCCUUUAAUGCGUUCGACCGAAACAAAUCGAAGUACAGAUUUCCAUAGUUUAACUACUAGUCAAGCUUCACUCUUCAUUCCUUCGGUGCAGUUUUCUCUGUAUUCAAGUAGGGGACAUGAUUUCUCACACCAAUCGCGCAAGGGUUCUUUUAUCGACAAGCACAGCGGUAGCGUCAAUAGCGCAUGUUCUGAGAUUCCAGGUUAUAGUUAUUCGGUGUCAAUACUGGCCAAGAUCGCCGAAGAUGGCCAAGCAUCGGCUGUUCUUACUCUCUGGAAUGUAAUCAACAUGAUUCAAGGUAGCGGUGGAGUACUAGGAAUUCCUUACGCAAUUUCCUUGGGUGGGUUUCCUGCUCUAGUUAUCAUUCUCCUCGUUGGUUUGAUGACCAAUUUCACUGGGGUCCUUCUGAUCGACUGUCUCUACAAAACCUCUGCCAAGACAGGAUUGCGCAAAAAAGUGAGGACAAGCUAUGCAGAGAUUGCGGCAAGCGUGUGGGGUCCUUUUGGCGGCAAAUUAGUUGACUUUAUGAUAGUAUCAACUUGUUAUUGUACCAGCAUUUUACUAGUCAUGAUGUUAGGUAGUAGUGUAAUGAGUAUAUUUAAGGGUGUCGUGCACGUGAAUAUCACCGAGUGGUGUCUAAUAUGUACUUGCUUAUUGCUGCCUUUAGUGUUCAUUAGAAAACUACAUAUCUUAGCAUGGUUAAGUAUGCUGGCUGUACUUGCCCUAAUAAUCUGUAUAUUAGUAAUAAUAGGGCAUUCUAUAGGCGAGUGGAGCUCUUGGAGUCUUCACAACAUCCCUAAUUUUAACCUAGAGAAAUUACCUGUAGCAGUUGGGAUAGUGGUAUUUGGGUAUAGUGGUCAUUCUGUUUUUCCAGGCAUCCAGGGGUCCAUGCAGGAGCCAAAGAAGUUCAAUAAGGUAACUUACACUUCUUUUUCUAUUGUUACAUUCUGUAAGUUUAUUCUUGGUCUUUUUGGUUGUUUGUUAUAUGGAACAGCAACCCAACCCUUGGUCACACUAAACCUCAACCAAAACACAGCGUUGAACAUUUUUGCAGCUGUGCUCGUAAUCAUCAAUGUCUAUUUCUCCUAUCCUCUCAACAUGUUUGUAACCACAGAGACCCUCGACAUACUUUGCCUGCCAAAACUCCCAAUGUGUGAGAAGGGAAGGAGAUGUCACAUUGCCUGGCUGAUAGCUUCCCGUUCUGUCUUGGUGUUCAUUACAUUUGCUAUUGCAAUAGCAGUUCCCAACUUUGGGUUGUUGAUGGGGAUUUUUGGAAGUGUCUUGGGUGCUUGUUUGUCAUUCAUCUUUCCUUGUAUAUUUCAUUUGAAACUCAAGUGGAAAGACCUCAGAUGGUAUACUAUUACAGCUGAGAUAGCUGUUGUUGUCUUUGGUGUUGUUGCUGGCAUCUUAGGACUUGUUUACUCUUCUAUUGCUUUGAAGGACUUGUAAGGCUUCAAGGAAUGCACUAAUAAUACAUGACACUUGGAUUAUAAUUAUGCAUGUGAGUGUGAAUCUCACGAAGUGUUUCGAUUAGUUACAUAUCCCAUGUUUACAAAGAUAUACAUUAUCAUAGUAAAUAUUCAUUACAUAUAUUAUAUUAAGGGUUUAAAAGAACAGCCAGUCAUAUGCGGCCAUGCUCACUGGUUGGAUUAGUUUUAGCUAUAUAAUAGCUUAUUUCUUGCUCACUGUUACUAGUCAAGUGACCAGCAAGGCAAAGAUUCAACCAGAAAAGUUAUAAUUAUUUUGGUUUUCCAUAUUCUGCAAACUCAGACAUUUCAACGGCUUGUUUUGAAAUUGAUUUUUUAUUGCCUCCAGUCAAGAACAUAAAAGGUACCGACUUAUUAUUUUUUGAUUGAAUUGGUAGAGUAUCGAAAACAGCAGUAAAGCCAGACAGUGUCCAAUUACCUGCUGUUAUUUUAAGCCUUACAUAAAUUGAAAACACAAAAAUCUAAUAUUAAUUAUAGAAUAUGGCAAUAGACCUAUCCCGAAUAUGCUUGACUGGUCACGAAACAAUGGUUUCAAGUCGAGGUCGAACUUGAUGAAUAAAAGAAUCAAGUUCAAUCUCAACUUCAAACCACUGUUGUGGUCAGUCAAGUGAAUUCGGGAUAGGUCUAUUGAUUUAUAAUAAGUUAGAGUUUAUUGAGUACCUUAAGUUAUAUUGGAAGUUAUAUAUACUAUUUAUAAGAAAGCUGAGGAAUAGAUAGAGUGAAGGCGCUUAAUCUAUGACAUUUCAUUUCCAUUUGAGCUUUAGAAUUGUUGUUUCAUAUUUUUGUCUACGGUGGUCAUGAUUGUAUAUUAUAUAUAUAUAUAUUCGUACAUAUAUUAAUGCCUGAACGAAAUUAAUAAAUUAUGGAAGAAAUAAAAGUAUUUCAA